AUGGUCUCGGCCCUGCGAUCUGAGCUGGCGUCGCUGCUGACCACCAAGCACGAGGUGGAGGCGUACAGAUCAGCGCUCGUGACACUGGCGGGCAGCUAUGCACCGCAGCUGGGGGCCAGCACCGACUUUGCAGCGGAGCUGGAGGCUAUUAUGCAGCGCGUGGGCGGCAGGUUUGACCCCAAGCGGAGCCAGGCCAUGCGCGACUUCGACGAGGCCGCCGGGACCGAGGCCAACGGCGGCGGCGGCGGCGGCGAUGACGAGGACGAUGACGAGGACGUCGUCGAUGUGGGCGGCGGCGCCCUCAACGCGACCUGCCCCAUCUCCGGACGGAACAUCUAUGAUCUGGAGGACCCUGUAGAGGACCAGGUUGGGUACGUCUACGAGAGGUCCGCCAUUGAGCAGCACAUCCGCAUCCACGCACACGGCUGCUGUGACGCACCCUUCCCCGGCGUCAGCCACCGCAUCACCAUCGCCGGGCUGAAGAAGAGCACCAAGGUGCUGAACCAGCAGCGGCGGCGGCGGCUGGGACUCGGGGCGCAGCAGCGGCGGGGCGGGCAGGGCGGGCGUGGCAAGGGGGGCGGUGAGGCUGAAGAGGUCAUAGACGUGUAG